AUGGCGACCCGUCGGAACGUCCCCAUCCCCGAGAAAACCAUCUCCGAAGCGCAAGGCGGUCCGCCUACGUCGAGCCAAGUGUCAGAUACAGCACCAGCUGUUCCGGCGUCUGUCGUCUAUAAGCUCCUGGGCUUCACGGUGGGUAUGGUUGUUGUUCCCAUUGGGUCGUAUUUCCUGUCGGUCAAUACUGUCUUUUCGGGCAACGCCACAUAUUCCGGAGCGUUUGCGGCGAUCAUGGCCAACGUGGUCUUGUUCGCUUACAUUAUUGUGGCGAUGCGCGAAGAUCAAACCGACAAGAUCGAGGCGGACGAGAAACGGAAGAAGGCUCAAUAG